AUGCUCUCCUUCAUUCUGGUGCACUCCCUGGUUAUACUGACGGUGUUCGCGAGUCCACUCACGCGGAACCUUCAAGUCCAUGAAUCGCGUGCGUCCGCACCUGGAGGUUACACGCUCACAGGCCCAGCUCCGCCUGACACUAUCCUGAGUCUUCGACUGGCUCUGGUCCAGAGCGAUCCCGCAGGCUUGGUAGACGCGUUGUACGACGUCAGCACGCCAAACAGUACGAACUAUGGAAAUCAUCUCAGCAAAGCAGCAGUAGAGGCGUUCGUUGCACCUACAUCGGAGAGCGACUGGCUCCUGAUUCAGGUUCCCACUAGCAAAGCAAACGAGCUUUUGGACGCUCAGUACUCUGUCUUCACGCACACCACCACGCAGAAGCAGACCAUCCGGACACUCUCCUACUCAAUCCCACCGGAUUUAGCGGGACACCUGGAGCUUGUUCAUCCCACUAUUUCGUUCCCAGACCCAUACAGCUCUCAGCCAGUAGUUGACUUCCCAAAGUGUCGAAUUCGGGAGAUGCUGCAGGUCCAUGCGCGAACCUUUCCGCCAUCACACCCACGUGCCUUCAAUCCCUGGCAGUGGCCGCAGCGCACAGACUUGACGACAUUCCUCGAAGAACUGCGCCCGGAUAUCUCGCCAUCAACGACGUACAACAUUGCUUAUCUCGACGGGGGCAUCGACCCGCAGAACGGAAGUGCGGGCAUUGAGUCUAACUUGGACAUUCAGUACACUGUUGGGCUCGCCACAGAUGUGCCCGUGACAUUCAUCUCCGCGCCGCCCCAGGUAAUGACGACGAGCUAUGGCGUCGACGAGUACCUCAUUUCUGAGAAGCUAGCGUAUAACCUCUGCGCUGCCUACGCGCAGCUCGGUGCCCGUGGCGUUUCGAUCUUAUUCGCUUCCGGAGAUGGUGGUGUCUCUGGCGGUCACUACCCCGCCGACGGCUGUACCACGUUCAUACCGACCUUCCCGUCGGGUGUCCAUAACGCUCCGCUUCCCUCGCAGCGUCACAUCCGUCGGGGCACUAUCAAUAUCCCCCAGACGGCAGUCAACUUCUCCGGCGGUGGUUUCUCCAACUAUUGGGCACGGCCCUCCUUCCAGUCCCUCGCCGUCCAGGUAUCUCGCCUCGCUCGGUCCACAGAUGCUGGGCUAUACAACGCCUCUGGACGGGGCAUCCCAGACGUCGCCGCGUAUGCCGUGGAUUUCGCCAUUGUCGUGGACGGCGCUGUCUUACCGGUCAGCGGGACGAGCUGCGCGAGCCCGACGUUCGCGAGUGUGGUCGCGCUCGUGAACGACGCGCUGCUGUCUGCGGGACGCCCGGUGCUGGGGUGGCUGAACCCGUGGCUGUAUGCGGAGGGCUGGGAGGGCCUGACGGAUAUCACGACCGGAAACAACUAUGCGUGCUCGAACUUCACUACUGGGUUUGAGGCGGGAGUGGGCUGGGACCCGGUAACGGGACUGGGCACACCAGACUAUGCCCGACUGACGACAGUCCUCGGGUUGUGA